AUGAUAAUCCAGAUUACGAAUGGAUUCAGACGGACAUUCACGGCAUCACAUCUUACGAUUGGAUCGUGUCGACGAACCGGAACCUUAGUGACGGAGAAGUUUUUUUCUUUCAAAUACGAAAUGCAUCGAACCUCGCCAAUACAGAUCAGCUUUUUCGAGCCAUUACUUCAACAUUACCAAGGGCAGCUCGUCGACAACUACCGCGGUCCCGACAACAACGACAUCGACAAAGUUGACUCCCCAAACAGAAACGUCCACUCCUCCAUUGAGCACCUCCUCUAG